AUGUUCUUAUUUUAUCUUGCAGAGCCAACUACUACACCAACAACUAUUUCAAUUACAACCCUAUCAACCACAACAAAUUCCACUACCCCAACUACCGUCUCUAUUCCUCCUAGCACAACACCUAUCCCUCACACUUCAACAAGCACAAUAACAACUAUUACCCCCACUACUACCAAAACCACAACAUCUACAGCAACCUUUACUCCCACCACAAUGUCUACCUCUACGCCUUCUAACAUAACUACAUCAUCCACUAGGUCACCCCCAACUGCUCAUGAUCUUCCUACAACAACUGAAUCUCCAUCUAAAUGCAGCGCUCAUGAAUACAAGCAUAAUAUUACCAAGGAUAACUGUUCCGGUGAAGUGCCACUGACCAAAUGUCAGGGACUCUGUGAAUCUGAAUCAUGGUAUGACGAUACCUUCGAAUGGGUUGAAGGCAAGUGCAGUUGCUGUAUGCCAGUGAGAAGUUCCAUCGUUGUAAAGCCUGUAGAGCUUUACUGUCCUCAAACAAAGACUCACAAAAUAGUCAAUAUCAAAAUCUUCAAAGAAUGUGUCUGUAACUUCCAGCCCUGUAUCGGCCCAGAUGAGCAGAAGGCCUGA